GCCUUUACACCUCACCACCACAACCACAUGUAUGAGACAUUUAACAUCAUACGCCUGUAGCUUUAAGAGGGGGAGGCGUGUCAUUUUCUGAGGCUGUCCCUUUUUAUUUGAAUAUACAGUGGUUCAGCAAGACCGGAGUCGGAUUGCGUCGGAUGUUUUUCGUUUUGCGAGACGAGCACGGCGGGACGCGGUUGUUUGUGUCGUCUGUAAUGCUCAUCAUCCAAGCCUAUAAUUAACAUUUGAAUGCAAUCACUCAGCUAGGAAGGCGUUUUCUCCACCGCAUGCACAUACACAGGAGACUGCACGGCUCGCAACCGAGAAUAUGGACUUGCACAUAUUGGACCACAGGCUACGGGUCACCAGCAUAUCCAAGAAUGGGCUGGUGAAUUUCACACACCCCCUGAUAAAACUGAUAUUCCUCCGGAACAGGACACGAUGCAAGUUUUUCAGCUUGACAGAGACGCCAGAGAACUACACAGUCGUCCUUGAUGAGGAAGGAUUCAAAGAGCUCCAGCCCUCCGAGCACCUCCAGGUAGAAAGCUCCAUCUGGCUGCCCCUCAAUGUCGUCUCCAACGGCAACGCCUCCAGCAGCUCACAGGCUGUGGGCGUAACCAAGAUCGCAAAGUCGGUCAUCGCCCCGCUGGCUCAGCAACAUGUCUCUGUCUUUAUGCUCUCCACUUAUCAAACCGACUUCAUCCUGGUGAGAGAGAAAGACUUGUCUAUAGUCGUGACCACUCUGGAAGAGGAGUUUAAUAUCUACAGAGAGGUGGGAGGAGAGUCUGUCCCAGUGCACUGUCAGGAUGUUGCCAACGGCCUCCAGAAGAACGGCAAAGAAGCCAUCCAGCCUACAGUUCACCCAGUGCUGAUCCCCCAGAACCAAUUCUGUGUCAUGUCUCUGGACCCGGACACCCUGCCAUCUAUCGCCACCACACUAAUUGACGUCCUCUUCUAUUCCAGCAGUCCCAAAGAGGAUGUGCAGUCAUCUCCUAACCAGGACCUGGACUGCGUCAAGUUUUUCUCCUUCUCCCUCAUCGAUGGUUACAUCUCACUGGUGAUGGACACCGAGGCUCAGAGACAGUUUCCUGCUGAUCUUCUCUUCACCAGCUCCUCUGGAGAGCUGUGGAGGAUGGUGCGGAUAGGGGGUCAACCACUGGGCUUUGAUGAAUGUGGGAUUGUUGCCCAGAUAUCUCAGCCUCUCGCCGACAGUGACAUUUCCGCCUAUUACAUAAGCACCUUCAGCUUCGACCAUGCUCUGGUCCCUGAGGAGGAUAUAGUGAGUGUGACAGACAUGCUUCAGCAUCAGAGGAAAGAACCAGCCACCAGUUGAUAUCUGAAGUCCCAUCUGAGCUGGAUGAGCAGCUCAAUAUGCCCCCCCCCCCCCCCCCCCCCCCCCGCCCCCCUCCUUCACUCCAGCUCCAGUGGCCAGGGGUGGCAAGGCAGCAGGAAGGGAGGCUAACUCUGUGCCUAGACUAGCACUGCAUCGCCAGCAGUAUUAACUAAUACGAACUUGCCAUGAACACCAGAAGCGCUUCCCUACGGUGUGCACAAACAGUUUGUCUGUGAGGCCUCCUGUCUUACCUAUCCAAGGCAGGAUGCACUGAGUCCUAGGGGGCCCGCAGGCUCACACGUGCACAUCCAAAUGCACAAUCACUCCUUAACGCAAACGCACACAUACACACACACACACACACACACACACACACUUGCACAUUCGAAUUCACAAGCACAAAGUCGGACUAAUUUUGUGGUGUAUGGCCAAAAGUUGAGUUGUUUGUAACAUGAUUUUGCUACAUACAGCAGAACAUAUUCAUACAUUUCACCAGUACUAUAAACACACAGUCUUCCAGUAAUGUUUAUGUCAUAACGUGUCUGAUCAGCCCUUUCACAUCAAAGGCCGUUCGUAAGAAUUCUAAUUUUACUUUUUGUGAAACUGAAGGUGUGAAGUUUAAAAUGUGAGGCAGGUUUUAGUUUUCACGCAAAAGGCGACUGAUUGCAACUUAUUUUUUGACAAUAGGGCUCACACAUUUUGGUUUGAAAAGAAUGUGCAGGUAGUAUAUUAAAACUACUACAAAUGCUGUCAAGCAUAACAGUAGGCUUGAUAAGUGUUGUUUGAAAGGUCAGCAUUUUGUAACCAUAACAUUACCCAAGGUCAAUAACACUAUGUCUUAUUUUUUUUUUGUUAUUUGCACAAUAAACUUUUACUUUAGCUAUUAGCUUAUCACGUAGAUGUUUUCUUUGGUACAACUACAUUUUGUACAAUUUGAAGUAAAAGUAUGCUGUAAACAUUUGUAAUUUUUGUGCUGCUUCAUUCAAUAAAAAGUAUUGAAAAUA